AUGGCCGACUCUCCCGUCACUCUGCGGACUCGCAAGUUCAUCCGCAACCCUCUGCUUGCCCGCAAGCAGAUGGUCGUGGACGUCCUCCACCCCAACCGCCCCAACGUCUCCAAGGACGAGCUCCGUGAGAAGCUGGCCGAUCUGUACAAGUCCAACAAGGACCAGGUCUCCGUCUUCGGUUUCCGCACACAGUACGGUGGUGGCAAGAGCACCGGCUUCGCUCUGGUCUACGACUCCUCCGAGGCCCUUAAGAAGUUCGAGCCCCACUACCGUCUCGUCCGUAUCGGUGCCGCCAGCAAGAUCGAGAAGGCUUCCCGCCAGCAGCGCAAGCAACGGAAGAACCGUUCCAAGAAGUUCCGCGGUAUCGCCAAGGUCAAGGGCCCCAAGAAGAGCAAGGAUUAA